UAGCGGCGGUAACGGAAGGCAGCAACAACCUGCGAGCGAGUUGAAGAACUAGAGAGGUAUCCAGACCAUCUGACGACGUAGUCAACCGUAACCACCCUCUUUGUGGUGCAAUCUCGGAACUUGACCACCAGUUGGUACAUCCGUGCUAAGCUCACCCCGAACUUCUGGAGGGGGUGGUUAUCGGCGCGUUCGCGACUCGGACUUGGCGACUUACGAAAGGGUUUUUGCCUGGGAUUUGGUGGUGAUUUGCAUAUUGAUCGUUAAAGGGGUUAUUGAUUCGCGGGUUCUUAAGUGAGUCACAACGUGACUAAGCAAAGUUCGCGCUGCUCCGGCGGGGGGUUUCAAAGUGCAUCGCAAAUACCGUCUUAUCGUAGUCGCGAGUUCAAAGUGUCGACAAGUGGAUCAACGACUUAUCGCGGCGCGUUGGUUCGACUUAACCUAAUGAUAAAUCACUUUCCAGGUUCUUCCAGAUAUUGUAAGGGUGACUUUUCUUGAAGUGGUUCGAGUGAUUACUCUGGUGGGCGAUCAACUGUCCGAAGAAGAGCCACCGCGUGGUGUUAAUAGUGAAGAGUGAGAGUUAUCUUGGCGGUUAUUAGCGGCACUUUCGAACCAGCCAACCUCGAAGUCUGAAGUCAGGAAGGCAAAAAAUAAAUAAAAAUCAGCGAUGGCUUCGAAAACACUGGCGCUGCAGGAUGAUGAGCGGUUCGCGCUGAUGAAGUUCCGCAGACAGGUCGCCGACGUGCUGAAGCCAGAACACGAUGAUUACUACUUGCUGCGGUGGCUGCGAGCCCGCUCGUGGAACCCGGAGGCCGCCGAGAAGAUGCUGCGCGACUCGAUGAAGUUCCGCGAGCGCUGGAACGCCGACGAAAUCGACCAGUGGCCAACGCCCCAGGUGCUGAAGGACCUGACGCCGCACGGGACGCCCGGAUUCGACCGGGACGGUUCGCCGAUCAUCAUCAUUCCGUUCGCCGGGUUCGACAUCUGGGGCCUGCUGCACACGGUUUCACGGGCGGACAUUGUCCGCAUGACGAUGCAGGCCCUCGAGCGUUACAUGAAGCUGGCCUUCGAGCAGAGCCAGAAGACGGGUAAUCCGGCCUGUCGACAGGUCGUGGUGAUCUUCGACAUGGAGAACUUUAACCUGAAGCAGUACGUGUGGCGACCGGCUUCCGAGGUGGUCAUUUCGCUGAUCAAGAUGUACGAAGCGAAUUAUCCGGAGAUUCUCAAGUGCUGCUACAUCAUAAAUGCGCCAAAGGUGUUUGCGUUUGCGUACAACAUGGUUAAAAAUUUCCUCGGCGAGUACACCAUCACCAAGAUCAAGAUCUACAAAUCGGACCAGUCCAAGUGGCUUCCGCCGAUUCUGGAACGGUGCGACCCGUCGCAGCUGCCGGCCCACUUUGGUGGCACCCAAACCGAUGACGACGGAAAUCCCAAAUGUGAAACGAAGGUCAAAUACGGCGGAAAGGUCCCGAAAGAGCUGUACACCUCGAAGGAGGACAGCUUCAACAACAACGUGCCGUUCAACGAAACCGAGAUCAAGAAGGGUGGGAAGUUGAAGUUGGCUUUCGAUUGCGAGGAUGCGGGAUGUUUCUUGAAGUGGGAAUUCCGCACGUUCGAGCACGACAUUCGGUUCGGCAUCAAGUGCACCAACAAAAAGACCAUGGAAAGCAACGAGGAGGUCCCCCUGCGGCGAGUAGCAUCCCACCAGAUUGACGAGUCCGGAUUUAUCCCCUGCCAGCCGGGAUGCCACUAUUCCGUCCUGUUCGACAACUCGUACAGUUACUUCAAAACCAAGAAGAUCCGGUAUUCGGUCGUGAUGACGACUCCGCUGGCCGAGAUUGAGCAAGCGGCCUGCGAAAACAUUGCCCCACUCGCAACGGAGGAUGCCGUAGAAGCGCUGUAACGACCGUAAAGCGUCACGAAUGAUAAUCAUUCUUCCUCCUGUACAUAAAUCUUUAAAGAUACUAGCAAAAACAAAA